AUGUCUUUAACAACUGGUGAAAAAUUAUCAAUAACUGGAAAAGCAAUAACUGAAAUAUCACAAAAUGCUGUCGGAUGGAGAUAUAAAUGCAAAAGUAAUAAACAAUUAGAUGGACAGGUAGUUGUAAUAACCGGUGCUAACACUGGUAUCGGCAAAGAGACGGCCCGUGAUCUGGCAAAACGUGGAGCACAAGUAAUAAUCGGAUGUCGAGAUGAAACAAGAGCUGCAAAUGCUAUCAAAGAUAUUAAGUCAAAGAACCCAAAGGCAGACAUAAUAGCAUUGAAACUGGAUUUGUCUUCACUUAAGUCUGUCCGCGAGUUUGCCCAACAAUUGACCGAAAAAUAUCAGAGAAUUGAUGUACUCAUCAAUAAUGCCGGCCUUUUAAUGAAAGAUCGCACAGAAACUGCUGAUGGAUUUGAAAUGAUGUUUGGGACCAAUCAUUUGGGACACUUUUUGCUAACAUUGCUUGUAUUGCCAUUACUACGGAAAUCACCGAAAGCACGGGUGGUUAACGUGUCGUCAACUGGUCAUACAUUCGGCGAAAUAUAUUUCGAUGAUAUUCACGCUUUAAACAAACCAUACAACAUGUGGACACUCUAUGGUCAGAGCAAAUUGGCUAAUAUAUUGUUCACUCGAGAACUGGCCCGACGUCUGGGAAAGGACUCAAUCAAUCAAUGUCUAUGCCGUCCAUCCGGGAGCGCUAAAUCUGGUGCUCAGACAUCACUUUACUGUGCUAUCGAUGAUACGGUCGAUAAUGAAACGGGAUUUUAUUAUGAAAAUUGUCACCGAAAUGAUAAUUUGUUGGCUAAAGCCAAGGAUGACGAGUCGGCUCAACGAUUGUGGGAAUUAAGCGCACAAUUAGUUAAACUUGAAGAUCAAUAUAAUUUGCUGAAAAUUUGA